GGUUCAGUCAGUCGCUCACGAGAGCGUAGCGAAGACGGUUGUGUUUUUUUUCUUUGAUGUUCGAAGUGGAUCCUCCAUACCAGUUAUUAGUGUUCCCGUUUUGUGUUACCUGCACUGUGGAUAUCGUGGACCGAUUGCUUCCUUCCACCCACCCACCACCCCCCUUUGGCGGUAGGUAGGAGCUGUUCUGUGUUGAAUUUGCACACCCUACAGUUUGUGUGGCGCGGAGCGAGAAAGUGAGGUGCAUUUCAAAAGUACAUACAUUAGUAUUGUCAUUUUUCGCUACUGUUUCCUACCCGAUGGUGGUAGUAUGUAGUAUCACUCAAAUACACGGCGAUUAGAGAUUACUAUCAUCACACGGUUACGAACGGAAGAGUCGCGAGAUACAUAUCUUUUUUUUUCGCAGUUGUCGUCGCUGUUGUGGCAUUUUUUGCGCCUGCUUUGUUUUUUUCCCUGUUUUCGUUCCAUUGCUCACUUUACAUUCAAAUUUGUGACGUGAAAAGUGAUUCGUGCAAUUAAACCGCAACGAAGACCAAUCGAGUGUGGACGGGGGUUUUGCAAAGAAGAAAUAGAAGAAAAGGUGGAACAAAAUCAGCUCUAAGUGGAAAAGCAGAAGAAGGAAAAAAAAGUAAUCACGAAGUGCACUCUCUCGGGCGUGAUCGCGUGGAUGAUCGGGUGAAGUGACGGCAAAAGGGAAGAAGAUCGGUGGGCUCAGGUGUGUGUGGUGCGACACGGUUUUCUCCGUCGCCUGCUGCUGCUGGCGCUGCUGUAUGUGUGUCUUUGAACGGCGUUGGAGCAGAAACACACACGGAAGAAACGAAAGCAGACACAGGCAUAAAGAUAGAAGAGUCGAGUUUGCUAUCUAAAUGGAUAAGUUCUGUUGAAGACGUCGUCUUGGUUCGUCGUUCCACGCAAACAAAACUGGAAUACUGUCGUCGUCGUCGUCUUCGUUGUCGACGGUGUGUAUGGUAGUGUUGCAAUUUGUUCAACCCGAGACAACCUGCGGCAGACACGACACACGGAUCGGAUCGUCAAUUAACGGUUCUCGGCUGCUGCUGCUGCUGUUGCGUCGCAGAAGAACAUCGAACGUAGCUGGCAGCGACACGCACACGUCCACCAGAAACCGUACCGAGACCAGCAAAAAGCCCCCGACCCCGUCAGCGAGUUAGCAGUCAAUCCCCAACAUUUGGCCACGACCCGACGAGGGAAAAACCCAGGUCCACUCGUCGUCGGUGUUGUCGCUGAUUUCGAUUGUGUUUGUAGGUGUGCCCGUGAUCAGGAUCGCUGGGCUUUUUUCGCCAGUAUGUACCCAAGGGAAUAAGUGCUAGAAUUAGUGCGAACAACAACAACAACAACAACAACAUCAACGCCAACGAUCACAAUAAGAUCCCAACCAAACGGGAAGAAAAAAGGUGAACCCCCCACACCGCACCAAUCUGUCCAGAGUCCGUGUGUGUAGAUAAAAAAAUCUAGUUGUAUGUAACACGAAAAAAAAGUUCGAUCGCUUGAUCAAGAUCACGGUGAAUGCAGUGUUGUCUGUGUUUGUGUUGAGGCGAGCUGUGCGAGCGCUGAGGGGGGAGUGAAGAUCGAUUGAAAAUUGAAAGUCAUUCCGUUGGUUAGUGCCGGUCGAUCGAGAGUGUUCAGAAUUGAGUCGUGUUCUAAAAGCGGUAAAGUGCACAUCAACCGUGCAAUAAGGAAGGGAAUGCUGCUACCGUGAUUUAAUGAUCUGCUGCGUGUGCAGGUCAUCAUCAUCAUCAUCUUCAGAAGGUGCUAGCGAAUACGUAAACAGAAUAAAGUGCGUGUGAGUGUUUUUUUUUCAUAAGUGACCUUAACCAUAACUAAGGAAGAACAAAGCUUCCGGAACUGAGUACCCUGUCUCCAGUGGACUUGCUGUAGACCCGGGAACCCGGGGUUUCAGCGGACACUCUGCUGUCCUUCCUGGAGCACUUCUUUGCACCAUUGCUGCAACGUACGACGGCACAGCAUGGGGACGCAAAGCGGUCGGCGGAAGGGUCACGAUCGAUGGAAAGCGGCGGUACCCUGCAGUAUCCUUACUCAGGGCGGGUUCUACCUGUUGCUGGUGGCUACGGUCACGACCUCCACAGUUCGAGCAGAGUCCAAAUUAGAGUUAGGUGGCAGUAUAUAUAGGAAUGAAACCGACGUGCCAUGUCCAUCGGGGACGUUUCGAUGCUCGGAGGGCAAGUGCAUCCCUCAGACAUCGGUGUGUAACUAUCAGAAAGAUUGCGACAAGGGCGAGGAUGAGUUCAACCACUGUCCUCCGCCGGAAUGUGAGCAGGGCCAGAUUAGCUGUGGUCAGUACGUGUUCAACAAGACGUACUGCAUACCGCCGCACUACAAGUGCGACAUGACCGUGGACUGUGUGGACGGAACGGAUGAAUCCGAUUGCACAUAUCGCAAGUGUCAGCAGGAUGACAUCCACUGCGGGACGCUGGCCCAGGCAGUCUCGGUAAAUGGCCGCGUCGCGGACAUUUGUGUGCCAAAGGAGAAAAAGUGCGACGGCUAUCUGGACUGCCGCACCGGUGUGGACGAGGAGGGCUGCCCGGGAAUCGCCUGCCGGCUGGACCAGUUCCGGUGUGCCAACGGGUUGCGGUGUAUCGACACGGCACUCAAAUGCAACCACAAGAACGAUUGCGGUGAUAAUUCCGACGAGCAGAAUUGCAACUUCCCCCCUUGCCACGGUGGCCAGUUUCGAUGUUCGAAUUCCCUCUGCAUUCCGGCAACCUUCCACUGCGACGGUUAUCACGACUGUUCGGACGAAAGCGACGAAGCGAACUGUACGGCCAUCGCCUGUCCGGACAACAAGUUUCUUUGUCCCCGGGGAGGACCGAAUGGGCAGCCAAAGUGUAUCGCCAAGACGAAACUGUGCGACGGUAAGCGGGACUGUGAGGAUGGAACCGAUGAGGAGACUGCGUGCUCUACCACUUCCUGUCCGGCGCUUGGCUGUGGAUACAAAUGCGGACCAUCGCUGACGGGAGGUGUUUGCUAUUGUCCCCCCGGAAGAACCCUGUCGCCGGAUAACCGAACCUGCAGCGAUCUGGAUGAGUGUAACGUAUGGGGACACUGCGAUCAGCUGUGCACCAACACGGACGGAUCGUUUUCGUGCGCUUGUGCUAACGGUUACACACUGAUGGACAAGUCACGUUGCGUGGCUCCGACUGCGGCACAUUUGGAGUUGAUCUUUGCGUAUGAUCGAGCGAUCGUUCGAAUGAGUUCGCAUGGUCAGGACUUCCGAACGAUCGCUAAUGCUACCGGAGCUAGCGGUUUGGCUUAUCAUUACGCUAAAAAUCUCCUAUUUUGGUCGGAUAUUAAAACCAGGAAGGUUCAAUCUCAAGUUCUGAUGGAUGGUGGAUACGGGGGUCAUGAUUUUACAUUACCUGGAACGUGGGCGCCGGUGGCAAUAGCGAUUGACUGGAUCGGCGAUAAGUUGUACGUUGCGGACCUGGUCGGUCAGAAAGUUGAUGUUUUUGAACUCGACGGUCGGUGGCAUGCGGUGGUCCUAGGAUCUAACCUAACCAGUCCGGCUGAUUUGGCGCUAGAUCCUACCUCGGGCUUGAUGUUCGUCGCAGACGGAAGUCACGUUCUGCGAGCUCACAUGGAUGGUACUCAUGCGAAAUCGAUCGUAUCGGAAGCAGCCUACAAAGCGUCCGGCGUGGCAGUUGACGUUGUCGCUAAACGAGUCUUCUGGUGUGAUUCUUUACUGGACUACAUUGAAUCGGUUAACUAUGAUGGUGAAUACAGGGUUAUGAUCCUGCGAGGCCAACAGGUUCCGAGUCCAUCUCGAUUAGCUCUUUUUGAGAAUCGGGUCUUCUGGACGGAUGCCACCAAACAGGGCAUCAUGUCCGUUGACAAAUUCGAAGGAUCGUCUAGCAUUCAAUCAAUAUUCAAGGCGAAAGAUAUACGAGAACCGAAAGCGAUCAUAACCGUUCACCAGUUGACGCAACCGAUUGUUUCGAAUCCAUGCGGUAGCAAUAAUGGUGGCUGUUCACAGAUGUGCGUUGUAACUGCCGUUCAAGGAGCUCCUUCGGGACUCGGGUAUCGCUGCGCUUGCCACAUCGGAUGGCAGCUAGCCAAAGAUCUGAUGAACUGCCAUCUGGUGCGAGAGUUCCUGAUGUACUCCCAGCAGCGUUUUAUAAAAGGAAAAGUACUGGAUCCAGUUAUCGAGGGCUUCAGUGAUGCUAUUCUACCGGUGGUGUCUCGUCGUGCCCGCUUCGUCGGGCUUGAUUUUGACGUCGUUGACGAACACAUCUACUAUUCGGACGUCUUGCAGGACGUCAUCUAUCGAGUUCAUCGCAACGGAACUGGUCGAGAAAUUGUACUCGCUUCUCAGAAUGAGGGCGUCGAAGGACUGGCAGUUGAUUGGGUAUCGAAGAAUUUAUACUACAUUGACAGUCGUAAGGGAACGCUGAACGUUCUGUCCACUAGAACUGUCAGCUAUCGACGGACACUGCUGAAAAAUUUGAAACGACCACGCGCCAUUGUGGUGCAUCCAAACAAAGGCUUUAUCUACUUUUCGGAAUGGGAUCGACCUGCAAACAUUAGUCGGGCCAACUCGGACGGUACGGGAUUGAUGGUAUUCAAAAAUGUUACGCUCGGUUGGCCAAAUGGAUUGUCGAUCGAUUUCCUAGAAGAUCGUGUCUACUGGUGUGACGCUUUGCUGGAUCACGUCCAGCAUUCAAACUUGGACGGAACGGAUGUGCGAACGGUAAACUCCCGCUUGAUACGGCAUCCAUUUUCGAUCGUGAUCCAUCAGGACUGGAUGUACAUUACCGACUGGCGGCUGGAUGCGAUCGUGCGGCUUAACAAACUAACGGGCGAACAGGAGGAGAUUAUGGUUCGUGAACCACAAACGAAUCGGUUGUACGGUGUGAAAGUGUACAGUCGAGCGAGUCAGAUCGUCGAUUCGGCGCAACCAUGUUCCAUCAACGGUGGUGGCUGUGAGAAGCUGUGCUUUGCCGUCCCGCGGAAUAACUCCGAAGGAUUGACAGUGAAGUGUGGCUGCCCGUACGGUGAACGGCUUGGGGAUGAUGGGAGAAGCUGUUUCGCUGAUCCGAACGCGGAACCACCGGUGCAGUCGUGUCCGAACACGUGGGACUUUACCUGUAACAAUCAGCGGUGCAUUCCGAAGAGUUGGAUCUGUGAUGGAGAUGAUGACUGUCUGGAUAAUAGUGAUGAGGAGCAGAACUGUACAAAACCAACCUGCGGCACGAACGAGUUCCAGUGCAAAUCGGGCCGCUGCAUACCGCUGAACUUCCGGUGCGAUCACGAGAACGACUGCGGCGAUCAUUCUGAUGAGUUCGAGUGUGGCAAUGUGACCUGUGCGGCGUCGCAGUUUGCCUGUGAGAAUGGACGCUGCAUUCCGAACAUUUGGAAGUGCGACAGCGAAAACGAUUGCGGUGACGGUUCGGACGAGGGUGAUUUCUGCGCGGAAAAAACCUGUGCGUACUUCCAGUUUACCUGUCCUCGGACGGGGCAUUGUAUACCGCAGAGUUGGGUGUGCGAUGGCGAUGACGAUUGCUUUGACAAGCAGGACGAGAAGGACUGUCCGCCGAUUACGUGUCUGGCUAAUCAGUUCAAGUGUAACGAUUUGCGACAGUGUGUUGAAGAGACGUACAAGUGUGACGGGAUACCGGAUUGUAAUGAUGGUAGUGAUGAGCUGGGUUGUCCGACAAUGGAACCGAAUCAGUGUAAUCUGGAGAAACAUUUCCGAUGUAAGUCUUCGGGGGUUUGUAUUCCUGUGGCUUGGCAUUGCGAUGGAUCGAACGACUGUGAAGAUCAUUCGGAUGAGGAGGACUGUGGGAAGAUCACGUGUCCGAACAAUUUCUACAAGUGCAAAAAUUCCAAGUGUGUCUAUAAGUCUUAUAUUUGUGACGGGAAGGACGAUUGCGGAGAUAACUCGGAUGAGGGUGUGGAGCAUGCUUGCAUAACUCCACCGUUGAGAUGCCCGCAUGGACAGUGGGCGUGUCCUGGAAUCACCGGACGGUGUGUAAAUUUGACUUCAGUUUGUGACGAUGUGGAAGAUUGCCCGAAUGGUGCCGAUGAGGGGUUGGGUUGUGACCUAGCUCAGUGCCAGCAUCAAUCUGGACUGUGCUCCAACGGAUGUCAGAAGACUCCUCUCGGAGCACUCUGCAUUUGCCCUCCGGGCGAGGAGCUUGCUCCGGACAAUUUCACCUGUAAAGACCUGAACGAAUGCGAUCCUCCCGGACUUUGUUCGCAAAUUUGUACCAACACCAAAGGAUCUUAUUUCUGUUCCUGCAAAGACGGAUACAUUCUCGAACCGAACAAACAUACCUGUAAGGCAGUUAAUCACUCGUCUGCCUUCCUGAUCAUCUCCAACCGUCACUCGAUCUUGGUAGCGGAUCUGAACGAACAAGGCUUGGAACGAGUGCCGAUUAUCGUCGAAAACGUGGUUGCGACAGCUUCCAACAUGCACACCGGAACGAUCUUCUGGAGUGACAUGAAACUUAAAAAGAUUUCCCGGCUGGAUCGUGGCCAAGAACCGCAAGAGAUCAUCUCCACCGGGUUGGAUCUGGUGGAAGGUCUGGCGUACGAUUGGAUAGGACAGAACCUGUACUGGUUGGACAGCAAACUGAACACGAUCGAGGUUUGUAGCGAGAAUGGCUCAAACCGAUUGGUGCUGGUUCGGGAAAACAUCACUCAACCACGCGGAAUGUGUCUGGAUCCUAGUCCUAAUGCUAAGUGGCUCUUCUGGACCGAUUGGGGUGAAAACCCGCGUAUCGAGCGUAUCGGAAUGGAUGGAACCAUGAGGCAAACCAUCAUCAACACCAAAAUCUACUGGCCAAAUGGGUUAACCCUGGACAUCGCAACCCAACGAGUUUACUUCGCCGACUCCAAGCUGGAUUUCAUCGAUUUCUGCUACUACAACGGAUCCGGUCGUCAGCAAGUGCUAGCCGCUAGUCAUUAUCUGCUUCAUGCCCAUUCGCUUUCUCUCUUCGAAGAUACGCUGUAUUGGACGGAUCGUCAGCUGAACCGUGUCCUAUCGGCGAACAAGUUCGUUGGAACCAAUCAAACCGUGGUAAGUCAUCUGAUCUCGCAACCUCUCUCGAUCCACGUGCAUCAUCCUUCGCUGCAACCGUUGUACGAAAGCCCCUGUAAGCUGGCAACAUGUCAGCAUAUUUGCUUAUUAAGUCCAUCGGAGAAAUCGAGCUACUCGUGCAAGUGUAAACCGGGCUACAAGCUGAUCGCGGAUGGAAAGUGCGUUGAAGAGGAGAACGCUUAUCUGAUGGUGCUGAAGGGUAACCAGAUCGUGGACAUUCCGUUCAAUGGAGGAGAUAUACGAGCGGGCAGUAUGAUUCCGGUGGUUGGAAUCGAAGGUGGUAUCAGCGUGGAUUACGAUCGGAAGGGUGAGACUUUGUUCUGGGUGCAAGGUAAGGAGGAUGACGAUGAGAAUUGUACGAUUUUCACCAGUCCGUACGGUGGUGGAAAUAAGACGGAAUUCUUGGGAGUAGAUAAUGGAUUGGUGGGAGCUGCUUACACGAUCGCGUUUGAUUGGAUCGGAAGAAAUUUGUUUAUCGGAAAUAGGAUCGCUAGUAACAUUGAAGCUAUCAAUGUGGAUGGAAAGGUCAAGUAUCGAACGAUCGUUCUGGUCAACGACGGCAACAAAACUUCAGUUUCUAAACCGAAACAAAUCGCUCUGGAUCCGACGAAUGGAAAAAUAUUCUGGAUUGAUGAGGGUGGAUUUGGAGUUCCGACGAAGGUCGCCGUGUCAAAUAUGGACGGUUCGAACGCUAGGAUUUUGGACGACACAAUACAGUACCCGGAAGCGAUCACCGUAGACGUCGAGAAACGGAUGGUGUACUACAGUUCGCAGUAUCCACCGGCUAUCAUGUCGAUCGACUACGAUAAAAAUAAUAAAAAGACGAUCCUUAGCGAGGAACACUCGAUCUCGAAGCCGAGAGGCUUGGGAGUACUGGAAUCUAGGUUGUACUUCAUGGAUCCUACAUAUGAGAAAAUCGUGCGAGUUGAUCUUCCCAACGGUGACAAUGCGAAAACGAUUCUGGACAACGAACCGGACCUGAAGAAUAUGAUCAUCUACAGGAAACGGUCGAUGCUGCAGCAUCCUUGUACAAUGAGCAACGGAGGCUGUGAACACAUUUGUAUUCCACACGAAAACAGUGCUCGGGUUUGCGCCUGCGGAAUCGGUUACAAGAAGGAGAAUGAAGUUGCCUGUACUCCGUACAAAACGUUCGCCGUCGUGUCCCAGCUGGACAUGACACGUGGUUACAGUAUGCGAGACAGUUCGGAAGCGAUGGUUCCGAUUACCGGCCCCGGACAUCACAUUCUGCAUGUGGACAUUUUGUACCGAGAGUCCUGGAUCUACUGGGUGGAGUACAACCGUGGCCACUGGAACGGAAUUUUCCGAAUUCGUCCGAAUGGAACGGAACUUCAGGGUAUAAUUAAAGACGGCAUCGGAAGUAAUGGAAUUCGGGGGAUCGCCAUCGAUUGGGUCGCUGGAAACAUGUACUUCACUAAUGUUUUCCCCCACGAAAACUACGUUGAGGUUAGCUGGUUGGAUGGAACCCACCGGAAGAUAAUCGUCAAGACUACCAACGAUGCUCCGCGGGAGUUGGCUGUUAACCCUAUCAAACGGUUGCUCUACUGGAUUGACUAUGGACAGUACCCAAGGAUCGGUAAGUGCUAUCUGGACGGAUCGAAUUGGACCCCGGUUGUUACGUCGGGAAUUUCCAACCCGCGUGAUCUAACGGUUGAUAUGCUAACUCACGACGUGUAUUGGGUUGAUUCGAAGCUGGACAUGAUUCAGAAGAUUUCGUACAACGGUGGCAACCGACAGGUGAUUCGACGAAACCUUGCCAAUCCGAUGGCUAUCGCUGUAUUCCUGAGUGACAUCUACUGGGUUGAUCGAAAUCUGUUGACGGUUUUUAAGGCAUCCAAGUUCCCGGAAAACACCACCCUUCCGGAAAAGGUUAGAACCAAUCUACAGAAGCUACGGGACAUUGCAAUCUACGACAUCAACAAUCAACCCAUGGACGACAACAAUCCGUGUCUACGGCUGGGAAACGGUGGCUGCGAUCAGCUAUGCUUCAGCUUCCCUCCAGAAUACAAUCAGAAACCCAGUUUCAAGUGUGACUGCGCCGUUGGUAGACUAUCGACUGACGGUCGCCGUUGUGAACUCACCGACGAGUACGUUGUCUUCACAACUCGAACCGAGAUCCGAGCGAUCGAACUGGACCACACUUCGACGAAUGUACCGUUCGCUCCGGUCGUAAAUCUAACCAACGUCGUCGGGCUGGACUUUGACUACGCCGAUAAUAAGCUGUUCUUCACGCAGAUUAGACCUUGGGCGAAGAUCGCGUACGCCAAGGGUGACAAACCGGACGCGAGCAACAUCACGCCGAUAAUCACGCGCGGUAUCAAUCCGGAAGGUGUCGCGUACGAUUGGACCCAGAAGAAAAUCUACUGGACGGACAGUUCGAACAAUUCGAUCUACGCGAUGAAUCUGGACGGAUCGGAUCUGGUGAUGAUCACGAGAGUUGAACGACCACGGGCGAUCAUUCUGGAUCCUUGCAACGGAACGCUGUACUUUACCGAUUGGGGGAGAUUUGGGACGUCCGGAAAGAUUUUCCGAACGACGAUGGCCGGUUCGUUGAAACGGACGAUAAUUGAUAAAGAUCUAUCGCAACCGAGCGGAUUGGCGAUCGAUUAUGACGAAAGGAUGCUGUACUGGACGGAUGCAGUGCGGGAGAAAAUCGAACGAUCGAAGUUGGAUGGGAAGAAUCGGGAGGUGUUGGUGUCUGCUACGAUCUAUCCGUUUGCGAUCACUGUAUUCAGGAACUAUAUCUACUGGACGGAUUUGCAGCUGAGGGGUGUGUAUCGAGCGGAGAAGCAUACGGGGGCGAACAUGGUUGAGAUGGUGAAGAGGUUGGAGGACUCUCCGAGAGAUAUUCAGGUGUAUAGUCAUAGUCGGCAGCAGUGUCAGGCGAAUCCGUGCUUGCAGAACAAUGGCGGCUGUGCUCAAAGCUGUCAUCCGGGGUUGAAUGGGAAGGCCGAGUGCAAGUGUGACGAUUCGACGAAACCGGUUAACGAAGGGCGGAUGUGUGCUCCGAAGAAUCAUACUUGCGAUUCCAGUAAAUUCUACUGUCAGAACGGGAAGUGCAUUUCGAGGAUGUGGUCCUGCGAUGGAGACGAUGAUUGCGGAGAUAAUUCGGAUGAGGAUGUGAACUAUUGCGCCUUCCAUUCGUGUGGUCCGAACGAGUUCCGUUGUAACAAUGGACGGUGUAUUUUCAAGUCGUGGAAAUGUGAUCAUGAGAACGAUUGUAAGGAUGGAUCGGACGAGGAAAAUUGCUCGUAUCCGCCGUGCGUGGAUGGUGAGUUCACCUGUUUGAAUGGUCGUUGCAUCCCGCAGAGUCAGGUUUGUAACGGGGUUAACGAUUGCAAGGAUAAUGCCACAUCGGAUGAAACACACGAGCGUUGUCCGAAGAACACGACCUGUCCGGCGAAUCAUUUGAAGUGUGACAAGACGAACAUAUGCGUGGAACCGUACUGGCUGUGCGAUGGGGAUAACGAUUGCGGGGAUAAUUCGGAUGAAGAUCCGUUGCAUUGUGCGCAGCGAACGUGUCCGCAAAAUAGCUUCCGCUGUCCGAACCACCGGUGCAUUCCGGCUACGUGGUACUGCGACGGGGAUGAUGAUUGUGGAGAUGGGGCGGAUGAACCGCCAGAGUACUGUAAAUCGGAGGGUCGGACGUGCUUCGGGGAUCUGUUCACUUGUGACAAUGGGAACUGUAUUCCUCGGAUCUACAUCUGUGAUGGGGAUAACGAUUGCUUGGAUAAUAGCGACGAAGAUAACCGGCACCAGUGUAACGAUCGGAAGUGUGACGAGGAAACGGAAUUUACCUGUCAGGAGAAUAAGGCCUGGGCUCGGGCGCAGUGUAUUCCGAAGAAAUGGAUCUGCGACGGUGAUCCGGAUUGUGUGGAUGGUGCGGACGAGAAUACGACGUUGCAUAACUGUCCGACGCCGCAGCCGUGUAGCGAGGAUCAGUUCACGUGCGCUAACGGUAGAUGUAUUAAUCAGGGAUGGGUGUGCGAUCAUGACAACGACUGUGGUGACGGUUCCGAUGAAGGCAAGAAGUGCAACAGUCAGUACAAGACCUGUUCGACGCAGGAGUUCACUUGUCAGAACUUUAAGUGCGUGCGGAAUCAGUAUCGUUGCGACGGUGAAGAUGACUGUGGCGAUCACUCGGAUGAGGUUGGUUGUACUAAGGAGAAUAACACGUGCACGGAUGGGAAGUUCACUUGCAACAAUGGGCAGUGUAUUGACUAUCAGCUGGUUUGCAAUAAGGUUCCGGACUGUUCGGAUGAGUCGGACGAACCACUGCACUGCAACGUGGACGAGUGUGCUAAGGUGGAGAUUCAUCGGUGCGGUCACAAGUGCGUGGAUACUCUGACCGGAUAUUACUGCGAUUGUAAUCAGGGAUACAAACUACUGGAAGAUGGUAAGGCCUGUGCCGACAUCGACGAAUGUAUUGAAACACCGGGUGUCUGUUCGCAGCACUGUUCCAACACACCGGGAGGAUUCUACUGCAAGUGUGACGAAAGGUACUACGAGCGACAGAAUGAUGAGCACACGUGCAAACGCAAGGACGCGAUCGAACCGUGGUUGAUCUUCAGCAACAAGUACUACGUGCGGAACAUGUCCGUCGAUGGUCACCAGUACAAUUUGAUCCACCAGGAUCUGAUGAAUGUGGUCGCGAUCGAUUUCGACUACCAGGAACAGGAGAUGUACUUCUGCGACGUGACAGCCAAGACGAUCUUCAAAUCGAAGUUCGGUUCGGUCAGAAAUGACGCAAAAAUUGAAAAGAUUGCGGUCGUUAAACACGACUCGCACGGACUGGAAGGUAUUGCCAUCGAUUGGGUUGGUCGCAAACUGUACUGGCUUGAUAGACACUCGAAAAAUCUGGAUGUUGCCGAAUUGGACGGAACGAAACGAAAAACGUUGAAGAGCGGAGUUGUCGAUCCUCGGGCAAUCGUCGUCCACCCGGGAAUCGGUUAUCUGUACUUCACCUCGUGGCAUCUACAAUCGUACAUCGCCAAAAUGGGUAUGGAUGGAUCAAACUUUACCCGAAUUCUCACCUGGGAAGACGACAUCGCUUGGCCGAACGCUCUGACGAUCGAUUAUUUCACCGAUCGCAUCUACUGGGCAGACGCUCACCUGGACUACAUCGCGUUUGCCGAUCUGGAAGGUCGUCACCGGCACGUAGUUCUGUCCGGUAACAAAGUUCCCCACAUCUUUGCCCUGUCGAUCUUCGACGACAUGCUGUACUGGACGGACUGGAACCUAAAGGCGAUCAUUCGAGCGAACAAAUUCUCCGGUCAGAACUUUACGGUUAUCAGAAACACCACGCACCGUCCGUACGAUGUCCACAUAAGUCACCCGUUGCGGCAGCUGCCCUACAGCAAUCCUUGCGGAUCGACUAACGGCGGCUGUACCCAUCUGUGUCUGCUGGCACCGCCGCUGGAGUCGACCUAUCUGAACGUGGAAGGCUACAUCGAAGAGGGAGCUCCAAGCUACAAAUGCGCCUGUCCGAAUCAGUUCUAUCUGGCUCGGGACAUGAAGACUUGUAUUGCGAACUGUACGACGGGACAGCAUCGGUGUGGUGGUUCCGAUGAAAAGUGUAUUCCCUGGUUCUGGAAGUGCGAUGGCGAACCGGACUGUAAGGAUAAAUCGGAUGAACCGGAAUCCUGUCCGGCGAGACAUUGCCGUGCUGGAACGUUCCAGUGUGGUAACGGAAAUUGUACUCCGUCGACGACGAUCUGCGAUGGAACGGAUGACUGCGGGGAUGGCAGUGAUGAACAGAACUGUGAUCUGCCGUGUCCGGUGUCGGACUUUAAGUGUCGUGCUAGUGGACGGUGUAUACUGGAUAGCUGGAAAUGCGACGGGGAUGCUGAUUGUAAGGACGGUAGCGACGAGGAUCCGGAAAUUUGUCACAAACGUGCAUGCGACCCGGAGACGGAAUUCAGCUGCAAGAACGGACGCUGUAUUCCGAAGCUGUGGAUGUGUGACUUCGAUAACGACUGUGGGGACGAUUCGGACGAACCGGCUUACAUGUGCCGGCAGAGGAAUUGUACUACCGGAUGGUCCCGCUGUCCGGGUCAGUCCAACUAUCGCUGCAUACCGAAGUGGCUGUUCUGCGAUGGUAAAGACGACUGCCGCGACAACAGCGACGAACUGCCGGAAAACUGCCCCCGCUGCAACUCGGAAACGGACUACAAGUGUAACAAUAACCGGUGUAUUCCCAAACAAUGGAUGUGCGACUUCGCCGACGACUGCGGCGACGGUAGCGACGAAUCGGAGAUGCACUGCAAGGGCAAGUACCGGGAGUGUUCGGAGUCGGAGUUCCGCUGCGGCAAUGGAAAGUGUAUCUCGAGUCGGUGGCGGUGCGAUCACGAGGAUGACUGUGGCGAUAAUAGCGAUGAGUUCAACUGUGAAGGGUUCCAGUGUAAGAACGGGACGUUCCAGUGUACGUCCGGGCAUUGUAUUGCUUCGUACUUCCGGUGUGAUGGUGAUCGCGAUUGUCGGGAUAUGUCGGACGAGAUUGGUUGCCCGCCGAGGUAUCCGGGUGGACGGUACUGUCCGGAGUCUCGGUUCCAAUGUGCUAACAAUCUGUGCGUAUCGCCGUCGGAUCUGUGCGAUGGUACGGAUGAUUGUGGGGAUAAUUCGGACGAAGCUUCGUCGGUUUGUACGAACUUUACCUGUGAUACGCUGCGGAGGUUCCAGUGUGCGAACCAUCGGUGCGUGGCGAGGUAUCAGACUUGUGACGGCGUGGAUAACUGUGGCGAUGGAUCGGAUGAGAAUAAUAUGACGCUGUGUGCGGCUCGGGUGAAGCCUUGCGAUCUGUACACGCAGUAUCAGUGUGCGAACAAGAAGUGUAUUGAUCGGACACAGAUCUGUGACUAUGCGGAUGAUUGUGGGGAUAAUUCGGAUGAGUUGGGAUGCCAUCAUACGAGUACUUGUUCGGCGUUGACGAAGGGAGGAUGCGAACAUCACUGUAUGAAUUUGACGGACGGUGGGUACAUUUGUGCUUGCUAUCCAGGAUUUAUUAUCGAUGCGGAGAACAAGAAGCACUGUUUGGAUAUCGAUGAGUGCGCUACGGGAACUCAUAGAUGUUCUCAGAUGUGUAUGAACAUGAAUGGUACGUACGCCUGCUCUUGCAGGGAAGGUUUCCGGCUUGUGGAUGCCGUUUCGGGAGAUUGUAAGGCAGUGAAGGACGAUGCCCUGGUGAUGUUUAGUAGUGGUUCCGAGAUUCGAGCCUAUGAUCUACAGAUCAACGAUCAGUUCGACGUGAUUGGUGGAGAGAAGAGAAUCGAGGCGUUGGACUAUAAUCCGGCUUCGCAGAUGAUCUUCUGGGCGGAUAGCUAUGACAAGACAAUCAAGCGAAGCUAUAUGGUAAAUGCACUGAACGGAGAAGCUAAAAUCGGUUACGCACAAGAUUUGAACAUGAAGGGUAACUCGAAACCAACAGCUUUAGCUGUUGAUUGGGUGGCAGAUAACCUGUACUGGGCGGAAACUGACCGAACUGGAUCCAAACCACGGGGAAGAAUUAUGGUGGCGAAAACGGAUGGACGAUACCGGCGAGCUUUGGCCAAUGCAGGACUGGAGGUUCCUACUUCGAUUGCUGUAGAUCCUCAGCUGGGUCGUAUGUUCUGGGCGGAUGCUGGUACGGCUCCAAAGAUCGAGGUUUCUUGGAUGGACGGUUCGAAACGACGCCCGUUGAUUACGGAAGCUAUUCGACAUCCUGCCGGGUUGACUAUUGAUUACUCACAGGAUCACAUGGUGUACUGGGUGGACACUAAGCUGAAUACGAUCGAGGUUAUGAAACCGGACGGAUCGAUGAGGAAGGCGAUUCUAAAGGGUGAGAUGUUGAAGCAUCCGGUGUCGCUCGAUGUGUUCGAGUCGUAUCUGUACUGGAUCACUAGGGACACCGGGGAACUGUUGCGGCAGGAUAAGUUCGGCCGAGGAGUGCAGUUUGCUGUGCAGAGGAGCCUCGCUAAUCCAUCUGGUUUGAAGGUUUAUCACGAGCUUCGAUAUAACACCUCGCUCAACAAUCCAUGCUUCACAAAUCCGUGCUCGCACCUGUGUCUGCUUGUCCCCGGUGGAAGGCGUUGUUCAUGUCCAGACAACACCGUGCAACAGGUAUCCCACCGCAGCACGGCGGAGGUCAUUUGUGAUGCACCUGCUGAACGACCACGACCUUCACCUCGUGUAUGUCCCUGCCAGAACGGAGGUCUGUGCAAGGAAGACGACACUGGAAACGAUCUGAUUUGCGUCUGUUUGCCAGAGUUCAGCGGAGUGCACUGCGAGUUCUACAGCGAGCGGAUGUUUGGUUCCAGCUCCGGCAGUGCUGCGUCUAUUUACAUACCGAUCCUGGUGGCCAUCUUGAUUGCGGCUGCCGUCGGGUCGUACUUCAUCAUCAAGAAGCGGCCAUUUGGCAAACCAAGCUUAACAUCAUCACAGAGUGUCUCGUUCCGACCGGGCACUAACGUAGAGUUCAAUUCGCCCGAAUUUCCUUCGGGUCGUCCCCCGACAGGGGUGCUCCCGGCCGGUGGUGGCGUAGCCCCUCUGGACGGCUACAGCCUGGACACGUUGAACAACAAGACGACGGACUUUAGCAAUCCGAUGUACGAUGCGGUCCAGUCCGGUACGAACGAUCCCAGUAUCGGGAAUGGUUCAGGAAUCUACGAAGUCCCCUCCGAUGUGACCGGAAAGGGUGGCAAAAUGGGCGCUACCACCAUCGGACCCUUCACGGAGCCAGUGUCCGCUAUUCUGGCACCCAGUAGUAUAACGCACCGUACGUCACCGCAGUUACAUCUGCGCCCGAAAGAACUCAGCCCGUCGUCGCACGAUACCGGCAAGGAUACCCAACUGCUGGUGGAAGAGGAAGAAGACAAAUCCGAGUGCUGAUAAGCACAGAGCCGACAAAGCAAACAUACACACACACACGAGGAAAAACAACAACACAUCUACACACAAACGGAGAGUGAGUGAGCGAAGUGAGAAAGAGAAAACCGUACACGUCACGUGCGAGCGUUGCAAACUGCUCAUUUGAGCUUUGAGUGAAACGCUAGCAAGUAAUAUUUAUAUAAUUUUUUUGUUGAUUGGAGCCAAGCUCAAGCCGAAUGCAGGUUUCCCGUUGCGGAAAUUUUCCCCGGAAAGGGCUGCCUUCUAGAACGUGCGAUCAAACAUGCAAGCAAACAAACACUAAAUCAUUCCCGGUUGAGUUUUUUUAAAUAUCUAAUAUACAUUAAAAAAAAAAAGUGGCACGGAAAGUGAAUAAGCAACAGGAGGAAGGUAAGUUGUAAAUGAAAGUUCUGAAAGCGUUUGUACAUAGACUCUAAAUGUAGUAUCGUUAAAUUUUAUAAAAAUGAUAUUUAUAUACAAAACAAAAAAGGUAGAAUGGAAAAUUUCAAACAAAAGACAGAUAGGAAAGCUACUUUUAAUCAAUUUUUUAUGUUGUGAGAAACGUAACACACGUGGUCCAAGAGAUAUCAAAAUUUUAAGACAUGUUAUUAAACAGUAUAUAGUUGCUUUUAUAAUGAAUCGUAACAUUUGAUGACUGAUCGUGCAAUCGAGAGUUGAGUAAGAGAGAGAGAUAAACGACAACUGACAGGAUAUUGUUUGAAUUGUUAUACUAGCGGAUGGCAGCCAGUAUUGCUGCCCAAGCAAAAAGGGAGGUUUACUAGAGAACGCGUAUAUAUUUAUCAGAAAGGUGAUAUUUUCAUAUAUGAAUUUACAAAACUUUCCUAUUCUAAAAAGUAACAAAAAACACCAAUACGCUCACGAGCGCACAGACACACGCACUCAUACCAGUCCAGUAAAGAAGUAUCCUGGGAAUUCUACCCAAAAUCGAGCAGCUAAUCCGUCCAAAUGCGAAGCAAACAUUCCAAAUUUGGUAGUUCUAGUGUAGUGAAACAGCCGGCGGAAGCAAAUCGAAGAACUCUACAAGUGUUGACAUAGCCAAUAAUACCAGAACUGAUUGAAUCACAAAAAAAAACAAACAAACACCACCCCGCACACGUUAGAAGAAAAAGAGAACCCAAAAACCAACGGAGGUAUCACAAGUCUAUAGUUGUUAACUGAGAAGUAUUCUUAUUCUUUGUAAACUAAUACAGUAAUGACAGCGGCAGGUGGGGAACAAACCUGUUGACCAAGUCGUGUAACUGAAAGUGAUUUCCUAUUUUGUACUAAGAAUCAAACCAGGCGAAACAUAUUCUUUGUGGGCUUUUAACUAGAGCCCCCCCCCCCCGGCCUUUGGCCCCACCCUAGUAGACGAAUAUAACCAGCAGCGUUGCCAGAUGGCAGGUAGGUGAAAAACUUAGAUCAAGUCUACUGGGGACGCCUCGGGAGCAAUAUUUAACCCAGCAAUGCCCAACUGGGAGAAUAGGGAUGCAAAAAGAAAUACACGGUUGCAGAACAGUUUAAGCGGGGACGCAAUGCAGAGAUAAUUAUUUUAAAGAACUGUUUUAAAUAAAAUUAUUUUAAAGACAA